CUGAGCUGCUGGUGGUUAACUGGGAAUACUGGGAGGCAGUUGAACAGAGACCGCCCCCUGCUGGUCACACCACAUGCUGCAGCUCCGGUCGGUGAGGAGUUCACAUGGAGACUCCGAGUAUGAAAGAUGAUGCUGCAGCCAUGAGAGCGGAGGGAGGAGGAGGAGGAGGAGGAAGAGGAGGAGCAGGAGGAAGAGGAAGAGCAGAGCUGAGGUUAUUUUCACCGAGUGAGGAGAGCAGAGUGACAUUUCACGGAGGAUCAGUGGGAGGAACCAGCCUGUCCCUCUGGAGGAGCACAGCAGGAGGUGUGAGUCUCUGCAGCAGCAGGAGCAGAGGGAGGAGGUGGAGGCACUCCAGAGCCGCAGCAGCAGCAGAGCCAUGCAGCAGCAGCAGCAGCAGCCGCAGCAGCAGCAGCUCCAGCAGUGAGGUGGAAGUGGGCGGGGCCUGACCCGCUCAGCCACUGUCUGAUUGGUGGCCUGUGAUGAUUGCGACAGGCGGUCUGCUGAGGAUCAACGCGCGGCGACAGGACUCUGAGGUCCAAAGCACACAGAUCCCACCCACACAAGAAGAAGAGCAAGAACAAUAGACGCAGCGAGGUGGUGGUGGUCAAGGGGAAGCUGAAGCUGUGCUCCAUCUCGGGUCUGGUGGCCGUUCUGGGGAUCCUGGUUCUGGUGGUGGUUGGGGUUCUGAUGGCGGCUCUGGGCUACUGGCCCCGGGAUGGACUGUUCUUCAGCUCCCAGCCACAGGAGGGCGCCACUAUGGCCUUGACUUCCUUCAGGAGUCCGGCACCAGCACUUGUUGAAGACCAGGAACCCAAGUGGGCGGAGUCAGUCGGGGGAGACGGAACCAAUGGCAGAGGAAAUGACUUCAACCAAUCAGAGACCGUCAACGGGACCUCUCGAGAUGUUCCACAAGGAUUUCUGGAAGAGUUCCUGGACAGGUAUCUGUACUCUGAUAGGCUGAAGGUCUUCGGCCCGCUCAUCAUGGGCAUCGGCAUCUUCCUCUUCAUCUGUGCCAACGCCGUCCUGCAUGAGAACCGGGACAAGAAGACGAAGGUCAUCAACCUGCGGGACAUCUACUCCACCGUCAUCGACCUCCACAGCGUCCGGAAGCCCCGCCCUUCUUCCUCCGCCCACCAGCCGUUAGCCAAUCCACUCAAUGGACUCAUCAACUACGUCCAGUCCAAGAGUCUGGACUCAAAGUCCCAGAUGUCCCGCCGCCCUGUCGUCAAGGCAGCCAGCCAGUAGCAGGAGGUGCAGUGAUGAAGGAGGAGGAGUCUUCAGUGUCUGCCAGGAGCAUCCGCCUGCAUCUCCUCCCUCCUCCUCUAACAGACACUCCCUGCCCCUGACCUCUGACCCCUGCUGGACCUCCCAACACAAAGAUAUGCUGAGCUCCUUCACGUUGCCCCGUCCCGCCAGCCGUCCCGCCAGCGGUCCCCCGGCCCCCGCAGGAGACACUCCUUCUGGGCCAGGAGCAGCGGCCAGGAGGAGGAGCAGAAGGAGGAGGAGAUGCAGCCGCCGCCUCUGUGUGCCUCCACUCCUCCGCCUCACCGAGGCUCCGAGGCUCUGCUCCUCCUCUCCUCCUCCUCGCUCUCCUCCCUGUCCCAUGUCCUCUCCUCCUCCUCCACUCCAGCCCUCCCCUGCAGGAGGCGGAGUCUUCCGACCGCCGCCUUUAACGCAGCCUACUGCAAGCUGACGCAAGGAGACGACGAGUCCUUCGGGUGGUCUUCUUCACCCAAGGUGACCCCGGAGGUGGAGGCUCGACCCUCACAACCAGAGACACCCUGAGGUCCCGCCGGCCCCCUGGGGGGGAGGAAGAGGAGGAGGAUUGACUGACGAAGUCGAUGAUGACAGCAGCAGCAAUAAAGAGUCUUCCACCGGGGAGAUGAGCCAACUUCCUGUUCAUCAGUGAUGUGGUGGACCCAGUCUCACCAGAACUGGACCCACUUGACCCAAACGGAUCCAUUGAGGAGACCACAGAUUGUCUUCAUGUCCCUGUUUACACUAACUAACUAAACCAGAUUAACCCAAACAGA